GUCCAAUAUCAUGCCGCUUAUGAGAAAUCGAAAGGCACAAAGAUUGAAGUUGCGGAUGAUCCCGAAAUGGAGCGACAUCGAAAAAAUAUGCAGGCACAGUCACAGGUUGCUUAUACUGGUGAGCUAGAUAAGCGGAAGAAAAUGGAAGAAGUGCGCCCAAAUUUUGUACAGGCUGAGGAUUCCGGUAAGAUUUCAGCCCUUCUUUAUAUCACUGUUACAUAA